AUGGCUGAGCCUCAGCAGAGCCAGGAGGCCAGAAGAGGGGGCAGUCACUGCCCCAAAGCUGACUCUGUUGAUUUUGAGGAUGACCACCAUCAGACUGCACAAGAAAUACCAGGGAAUGAAGUGCCAGAGAAUGAACCUCUUUCUCCCACAGGCAUCACAGACAGGAUAUUUUUCACUGCUAUAGCCAAAACAACCAUCUCACCAGGGGUCUUGGGUCUAGAAUAUCUGGAAGAGCUGCACGUGGAAAAGAACCUGAUUGUAAGCAUCCCCAGAGACAUCAAUCGCCCGAGGCACCUGAAGGUACUCUGCUUGGGUCAGGAUCACACAAAAGACAUAUGCGAAGAACUGGGGGAGCUGAAAUGCCUUCUGAGGUUGGAUUUAGGUGACAAUCCCCUCUCUUGUAGUUCGCUGCCAGUUAUCACCAAGUUGCAGUCCUUUUGUCAGCUCAGGCUCUAUAAACCAAACUUGCACAGAAUCCCAGUGCUGACCUGUGAAUACCUCCACCGUGUUGAACUGCUUGGCCUCUCAGACAAUAAUCUCAAGUGUUUGUCUAAAGAAAUAAUGAACCUUACAAAACUCAAGGAAAUUUACCUCCAGAAAAACAGAUUUGAAAGUUUUCCCAAGGAGCUUUGCCAUAUCACUGAUUUAGACAUAAUAGAUCUGGAACAAAAUCUAAUCAGUCUCAUCCCAGAAGAGGUAAGCUUUUUGACAAACUUAGUUAAGCUAUUUUUAGCUUUUAAUAACUUAUCCUCCAUUCCUCCUACACUGCAACACUGCCAGAAGCUGGCUGUGCUGGAUCUGUCUCAUAAUCUCCUGCACAAGCUUCCCCCAGGUUUGAAGAAUCUCACUGAAAUGAGAGUAGUCGGAUUGUAUGCUAGCAGCCUGGACAAGUUCCCACAUCAGACCUGCUGCUGGCCAUCCCUUUCCCAUGUUUAUCUGUGGAACACAGGACUGCGCACGGUACCUGGGUCCUUCACCAGAUUAACUAGUGUCAGGAUACUAGAUCUGAGUGAGAAUUGCUUUGAUGAGAUUCGUAAAGGAAUAUGCACUAUGAAAAAUCUGGAAGUAUUGGCCCUGGAUGGCAAUCAGAUACAGGAGAUACCUGUGGAGGUGAAAGAACCGAUAAAUUUGAAAUGCCUUAGCCUGUCUGAAAACCAAUUCAAUAUCUUUCCAAAGGAAAUCUUUCUCCUGGGGCCAUUAGAGAGAUUAUACCUGGGACAUGAUAAAGGAAUUACAUUCACAAGCCUGCCAGAAGACAUCAGCAAAUUGCAGAAUCUGAAAGCACUGCAUAUGGAGAAUAACUGUCUGGACUACCUGCCCGCAGCCAUCAGCUCAUUGACUCACUUGAUAAUUCUUGAUUGUCACGAUAAUCUCCUUAAACAGCUUCCAGACUCUGUAUGCCAAAUACGAGGUGAAAAAUAGUUUGCAAAACUGCUCAUUCAGAACAAUCACCUGUCCCAGCUGCCCAAGGAUUUGGACAGUCUUCAGCAGCUGGAGCUGGUCCUUGGGGAUGGGAACCCUAAGGGACCUCCGACUGAAGAGUGCUGUCAGGGGACACCUGCCAUCUGGGAAUACUUAGAGGAAAAGAGACAUAAAGAGGCCAUGAACUUAAAGAUCCAAGGUUUGUGGUGUAGGUUGAUGAACCAGAGGGGGACUGGACCUUUCUUGACACUCAAGAAUCUAAUGAAAAACAGAAAGAAGGAAAAGAAAGAAAAAGGAAGGGGAAAAGAGAAGCCUGUAAAAGGAUCAGAAGCCAAAAAUUGA